CUUUAAGUUCCACUAAGUCUACGAAACAAUGCUGCCGCCAUUUAAAAGCCGUGAACAUGCUCCAACUGUACAGGAUUUCGUCUAUGUACCAUUAUUUCAAAUAAGAUUUAUGGGUGUAAAGCUUUUCAAAUGGACACCAGAAGAACGGACAAGUAAACUGCAAAUAACACUAAUGGGCACAUUCUGCGUUUUUGCGACUUUCAAUUUCGUAAGCAUGAUGCUCUUCGUCAUCUACGAUGAAUUGCCGACUUCACUGGAUAUAACUGAGUUUAUAUUGUUUUGGGGAUUUGCGCUGAAUGCAAUGAUGAAGGGCGGCACAAUGGUAUUUUUCCGUCAUGAAAUCGAGUCUGUACUCAAGGGUUUGAUAGCCAGACAUCCGAAAACGGAAGCAGAGCGCGUGGCCUUCCAGUUGGUGCCAUAUUACAAAACAAUUAAUGCAUCAAAUAAAUACCUAUCAAUAUGGCAUUUAAGUAUAACAUCAAUAUUUGCUCUCCAUCCUAUGGUGGCUUCGAUUCUCGGUUAUAUAUGGCGUGAGGAUAAGAAUGACGCUUAUGUCUAUACGUUACCUUUCAUGAUGGGUUAUUACUAUGAUACAAAUCAUCCAUUUCCUUAUGCCAUUUCAUAUUUCAUACAGUGCUGUGGUGCUUUCUAUAUGUCACUGCUGUUCUUGAGUGGCGAUUUAUUGCUCAUCUCAAUGGUGCAAUUGGUUAAUAUGCAUUUGGAAUAUUUGAUAUAUCGCAUUGAGAGCUUUCAACCAACCGGUAUGGAUGCUGAUAUGAAAGUGCUAGGACCAUUGCUGGAAUAUCACAAUGAGAUAUUGGAUUAUGCUGAGCGAAUCGAUGGCACUUUUAGCUUGGCCACCCUACUCAAUUAUGGCGGUUCGUGCUUGGUACUUUGCCUCAUUGGUCUUCAAAUAGUGUUGGGCUCGGAGGCCUUGAGUGUUAUAAAAUUUAUCGGUUUUCUUGUUUCAACAAUUGUGCAAGUGUUUUUCGUCUCCUAUUUUGGCAAUAAUCUUAAAGAAUUGAGCACUGGCAUAAGUGAUGCUUUCUAUAACCAUCCCUGGUACGAUGGGAAUUACAAGUAUAUACGCAUGUUGGUGCUACCCAUAGCACGUGCUCAGCGUUAUGCACAUUUGACGGCUUUUAAAUUCUUCGAGAUCUCAAUGGAUAGUUUUAAGUCGCUCUGUACCACUUCUUACCAAUUUUUUACACUCUUGAGGACAAGCAUCGAGGAAGAGGGUUUUCAAUAAUAACGACAAUGAGCGCACUUUUUUAUUGAGACUCUUACAGAUCUUUUGAAGAUAGCUGCUUAACAAUAUAUUUAUCAUUUUGCUUUCUAUUGUGAGGACCUAGGAAUAGUAAAGAUUAAAUUGAAAUAAAUAUGAAGUAGUGCAGAUAGUUUAAAGUUGCAAAAUAUUACCGAGGUCAUCGUAAAAUGUUUUGUUACGGAUAGGAAGCUUUCAAAAUACAUUUAUAAUUCUUAAUCAUUCUAAUAAGUGGCUUUGUUUCAAAGCGGUGAUUUCAACAAAGACAGCCGUAACAUUUAUGAUCUUAUAUAAUUCCGAUUUUCCGACUUUAAUGGCCACCCUGUUCUUCUUCGUUCUGGAAGAUA